AUGAACUUUUCCGAUCAGUCAGCCUUGGAUUUCGUGUUACUUCCUCACGAAUAUGGCUCUGUCUCUCAUAGGAAGUCCAUUCUUCCAAAUGGCAUCAUCGAACAUCAGCCUUGGGCACAGUUCAGUUGGGUUCAAGUAACCCUCUUGAUUAUGUUUCUAUGGCCACUGAUCGUGGCGAGUCUACGGUACUCUCGAGAGAGGCAAAGGAGAAAACGCUUCUAUUUCCCUACCAGAGAGUCCUUCGCCAAGAUGACAGUUCGUGAUGCCUGGGCUAUCCAACUAGACCUCAUGGACACUGAGACUUCAUCUAUCUUCAUGCUUGCACUUAAGUUUGCCAUCUUCUCGGUCAACGGCAUACCUUCCAUCUCAAGCUUGUUGGUCAAGACAAAUAAGCUCCCUUCAGAGCGUGUUCAUCUUCGCUAUUCUAUGACUUCGGUAAUGAUAGCAGAAUUUCUCGCCUUUCCUCCGGAUGACGAGAGGGCAUUACAGGCAAUAUGUCGAAUGAACAAUAUCCACCAAACCUACCAAAAAGCAGGCAAAAUCUUAAAUGAUGAUCUACUAUACACCCUUGGACUCUUCGCAUAUCUUCCAGUCCGGUGGUGUGCUCUGGGUACCUUCUGGAAGGAUAUUGGAGACUGUAUGGAAAUCGAUUACUCUGCUCUCCCCUCAUCCAAAUCUGGCUGGAAAGAUGGUCUGCACUGGCUUGAGGAGGUUACCGAAUGGGGUGAUUGGUAUGAACAAAAGAACAUGGUUCCCAACAUUAACAACCAACGUGUGGCCCUCUCCGCCAUUGAUAUAAUACUCUAUACCGUCCCUAAUUUCCUAAAGCCGACUGCCAAAAAGAUGGUUUUUGCUCUCUUGGAAGACCGGAUGAUAAAGGCUUUAAUGCUGCCUGAACCUUCCAAAGUAUAUAAUUUCUCUGUUAACACCGUUCUCGAUGCUCGGCGUUAUAUAGUCCGCUACUUCUUUCCACCACGUCCUUCAUGCAUGCGUUUCCAGCCACUGAGCCCAAAACCAGACGAGAAUGGAAGAUACUACUUACAAACCUAUGAUUCAAAACCUUUCUACAUCAAACCAACAUUACUAUCUCGCUGGUUUUCCCCCACUGCAAUUAUUAGGAGGGUCCUUGGCCUUCCGUUACCUGGUGAUGGUGGCAACGAGUAUUGUCCUCGCGGAUAUCGAUUGGAAGAGUUAGGCCCAUCAUGGAUUCUAGCGAAAAAGAGUAUCGAGCACGAUGUUCGAGUCGCUAGGAAAAAGUUGAACAAGAAUCAUACCACCGGCUGCCCCUUUGGGUGA